AUGGCAGAGGUUAUGCAAGCUUUAGGUGCUAUGGGGGAGUUGAUAGGGCAGCGGAUAAGGAAUCAAAACGCUGCUGCCGCCGCUACUGUUGAAGCCCCACCCGUAGUUCCACCUGCAGUUCCGCCGAUGGAUGUGCCACCACUGGCGGUAGUUGAGGAUCGUAAGGCUCAAAAGAUGGUGGAACAGGUGGUCCCGGCCGUUUAUCAACUAGAGGGUAACGCCGGUACUUGGUGGAGAGUCGUCAAGGAUAGAGUUUUCCCGGAAGGUACGGUCCCAGUGUGGGAUACCUUUGUGGAGGCCUUUAAUAACAAGUAUUUCUCAAGGACAGCUAGAGAGCAGAAGAUGGCUGAGUUUUUCCGCCUCCGCCAGAAUCAGAUGACCGUCGAUCAAUAUGAAGCUAAGUUCUCGGAAUUAUCUAAGUAUGCCCCGAGAUUGAUUGAGGACCCCGAGGAUAGGGCUAGAAGAUUCGGGGACGGGCUGAAGCCCGAGAUUAAGAGUGUACUAGCGCCGUUCAAUCUUCAAGACUAUGAUGACCUUUAUGAGAGGGCGCCGAUAGUGGAGCGGGACUUGGGUGAGAGGACUGCCGCAUCCGGGUCGCGGUUUACGUCAUCAAACCGAUUUGAGAAGAGGCAAGGAAAGAAGCCUAUGUAUGGAGGCGGACAUCACAUCCCACCUAAUCGCAGAGGAGCGAUCAAUAAGCCUGUUUUCCGCCAAAGUGAUGUGUGUAAUCCGUGUCACCGAGAGACAUGGACCCGGUCCGUGCCCGUAUAG